AGAGCAGCACAAACACCACUGAUUUGUAGAGCACACUCCAGGCCUGAAAGGGCAACAGUGAGAGCUGAGGGCUGAACAUCUCCACCUGCUUCCAACAAAUUGGUGCGAUUGGAUUCACCUGUUCACCUGCUCAGAGCACAUGGUCAAAAUGUUUGAGCUUCAGUCAGUCAGCCCUUUGACAUGCUGCUAAGAGGAAGGAAGACAGCUCCUAUUUGGACUCAGAAGACGCAACUGGUGAGGAAACCAAGGGAAAGAAGUGCUUGUUUGCUUGUUUUGUAUUGAGGAGAAAGUUUAAAAAAGAUAAUUUCACUGAUGUUUACAAAAUUGUUUAAGUUGACUGAAAGUAAAUUUAAAAAAGUAUCAGUAAUGUUUAGGUUUAUUCUUAUAAUUAGGAUGGAUUGUUUAAAUUUAAUUUCAUUCAUAUUGUUGGAAAUGUUUAAAUUUAUUCUUAAACCUAGGCCCUAUCAGUGGAAAUUAAUUUGGUUGGAUUGAUUUAAAAGAAAAGCAAAGCAUGUAUUAUGUUGUAUGUUUAUGAAACACUAAUGUGUUUUUUUUUCUGUUUGAUUAAGGUUAUCAACCUAUCUACUAUUCCCCUAUCUACUAUUCAACCCCAACUAUUCACCUAUUCUGCUAUUCAGCUAUUCAACCAUCCCACUAUUCAACUAUUCAUUCUGUUCAUCCAUUCAUUUACAUCGAUAACCCACUUUAUUUUACUGCUUCAAAUCAAACCUCAAUAAAUCACAAGGAAAAAGGAUCGAGUUGUCCCUUUGAGACCUUCUUGAGUCCAACUAGCCCUUUCAAGUUUGGGCGUAGCUGUGACAAACCUGAAGAACUUGACACGCACUUUGUGGUUUCUGAGAAGUUUCCCCCAGAUAUCAUGCAUGAUGUUCUGGAAGGCACCGUUCCACACAAUUAAGUUGCUAUUGCAAAAGUUUCAAGGGGAGAAAAUUGUAACCCUCCACAAGUUCAAUACUCAAUUGAACAAACUUUGCUUUGGCCAGAAUGACAAGAAGCAUAAGCCUGUGCCUCUAAAAGAAUCAGUUCUCCGUGAUGCAGCUCUGCCAGGGAAAGCAAUAGAAAAGUGGACUGUCUUUCGCCUCUUUCCUCUAAUGAUUGGUGGAUUUGUUCCCAAAGACAGCCCUCACUGGCAUCUGUACCUGCUUCUGCUGAACAUUUGUGACAUCAUCUUAGCCCCACAAAUCAAACUCAGUUGGCUUGGGUACCUGUCCUCCCUCAUCUCUGAAUUUCUGGCAGAGCUCCAGCUCCUUUUUCCUGGCAAAUUUACCCCCAAAACCCACUAUUUUGUCCACUAUCCACGACUCAUUCAUGAAUUUGGGCCUCUCAGAGCACAUUGGUGCAUUCGGUUUGAAGCCAAACAUUUGUAUUUCAAGCAUCUAUCAUCUGUUGUAUGCAACUUCCAGAACAUUUCAUUAACACUUGCUAAAAGGUAUCAAAUGCACCAGUGUUACGAUAUACAGAAAGGCACGGCCACUGCUGUGGCACCUGAUGCAUGUAGAGAAGUACCUCUAUCCAAACUACAAGCACUGAAAGAAGUGAUCACUUCUGGGGACAUUCCAAAUGAAACAGUCUGGAAGACUGAAAAAAUUGUAAUAGACAGUACCACAUAUAAAGUUGGAGAUUUAUUUGUACUUUAUGUGGUUCAUGGGGAAGAGGUCCCAAUUUUUGUAAAAGUCCUCCAUAUUGUUAAGUAUCGGGGUCAGUGGCUGGCUUGUGGACUUAUCUAUACAUCAACACAUUUUGAGGAGCACCUUCAUGCGUACUGUGUCCAAAACACAAGGAAGUGGGUUGCCUUCAAACCAGGGGAUGAAGCAGAUUUCCAUCCACUAGAUGCAUAUACAGAUGUUAAUGACAACCUGUUCAUCACUCUGCACCACAAGCCACUAGGCCAUGGCGUCCUAGAAGACUGACACAGAAGAAUGACAUUGAUGGAGCGACCCUUACAUUACUAACAGAGGAUGACGGAGAGAUUGUUCCCCUCAAUAAAAAGACAAGCUCAGUUCCUUAGGUGCCUUCAGGACCUGAAGUCAUUUUCAUCGUCGUUGUCAUCUUUGUCUUCAUCUUCAACAACAACAACAGAUGAAACCAGACCUCAUGAUGAGCAAACAGCUAGUGCUUCACUGCAGUUUGUUUUCCCCAAAACCCUAAGGGAUGCACUUGAUGCAAAGGAUCAAGAGCUUCUGGCCCCUCAGAGAACCAAGAUUAAAUCUGUUCUUAUACAAGCUCUAUAUGACACCCUCAGCAACAAAACUAUGUAGGUUCCUUUAUAAUUCUUACGGACAAUUACUGCACAUUGUAGCUUUUAGUUGAGAUUAUAAGCCACUUUUUACAUUGGGGAUGCCUGCAGACAUAUCAGAAUACAUACCUAUCUUAGGUUUACUGUUGCUACUCUCACUCGGAGCCUCCACUGAUGUGUAAUCUUGC